UCAGUCAGUGGGUGCCAACUGCACGGGGAAGACGAAGGGCCCUUUCACUCAAGCCCUGUGUGUGAAAUAGAAGGACUUUAUAUGUAAAUUUGGAAACAUCAUAAUUGAAUAUACAUGCGCGCCAUAAGCUGAGUCCGACCAUGGGGACUACGGUGCUGAGUUUCUUCUAUUGCGUGGCCAUUUUGUCUUCUGCGAGCAGUUUGAGGAUUCACCUGCAAGACUCACCUGAGCGACUGGAACCUGAGAUAGAGAAUCGGAUCUUCUCUCACAGAUUGCACCAACCAUCCGGGCCCUAUCGCGUAUUACGAAGCCUCCCACAGCGCUAUGGGCGGGCGGCGGACGGUACCGCGGGCGUGGGCGGGUCGGCCUUCGAGCUCUCGCUGCCGAUCGACGGUUCCGAGGUCCACCUCCAACUCGAACCGAUCGAUAUAGCUUCUCCGGGACUGACGCUGAGCUUCACCGACGACCCCAACAGAGAAGUUCCGGCGCCUCAUAACUGCAUGUUCGCCGGGGCCUCUGGCGACACAUGGGCGGUGAUGUCAGUCUGUGAUGAGUUGAAUGGAGUGGUUGACCAUCUCGGGAAAAGUUACGAGGUCGAGGCUGUGGACUCCCUGAGCGCCAGAACGCGGAGAGACGUCGAGGAGAGCAGCAGGUACAUCAUCACCAGAAUUGAGAAGAGGCUCUCGGAAAACGCAGGUGAGUUCCUGUUUCGAGAGGGAGAAUAG